GAUGCUAGCAGUCGUCAUCAACCUGCGACGGUUAUCAGUGUCAAAUUAAAAGUCCUCUCAAACGGAGAUUUUAUUCUCUUUAUGCAAAAAUACGAAGUCUCUGGGUUGUUAAUGUCACUUAACUAAAUAGCACGAAUCAAAAGUAGCAGGAUAUAAACGCGUAAAGAUACGUCGCGUAGAAUGUGUGACGUUCCUUUGUGUUUUUAACUUGUUUACGUCGUCGACGCGCUGUCGGGGGGAGAAGGAAUCCCCCCACUGAUGUCAACGCCUCCCGUUCGCCUAAACUGGGACCUCCGGUGGGGACAGGUCGUCUCGGAGGUCUAGAUGACCUGAUGCAGACAGCCCAUGAGCGGUUGAAUGCUAAAGUCUGCGAUUUCACCCCCACCAUAAGGACCCAUGUCUUUCUUGGACUGUUCCUGCAUAUCCCACGCUCAGGUCCGGCCCAUGGACAUAGAGGAAUGCUAUGAGGACCCCAGUCAACACUUUCUGAGCUGUGACGAUUCUGAGUACACGCUGCAAGGACCAGCCGGUGGAGAUGACGUCACAGGGCUGUCGACUGAGCCCUCCCACUACCAGCUACUGUCUGAGCUGGGGAGGGGCUUCAAUAACCUGAGCCGAGUGAACAUGGCCCGCCACAUUCCCACCGGUCAGCUGGUGGCGGUCAAACGAACCAACCUGGACGAGUGUACAGAAGACGAGCUGCUGCAACUCAUGAACGAGGUUCUGCUCUCCCGACUCUUCCGACACUCGAACUUGCUAACAUCUCGCCUGGUCUUCAGCUGCUGCUGUCAGCUCUGGGUCCUCUCACCACUCAUGACCUACGGCUCUGCAGACGCUUUACUGAGAACAUAUUUCCCGGAUGGGAUGAGGGAAUCCCUGAUAGCGUAUCUGCUGUACGGUGCUCUGAAAGCGUUGGAAUACCUUCAUCAGAUGGGCUACGUUCACCGAGGGGUAAAGGCCAGUCACAUUCUGCUGUCAGGCGAGGGUCGAGUCUACCUUUCUGGGCUCCACAGUGUUUAUAGUAUGAUGCGCGAUGGGAAGAGAUUAAGGGCGGUGUUUGACAUGCCCCACCACAGCCCGACACUACUGCCGUGGCUCAGUCCCGAGCUACUGCGACAGGACCUGCAUGGUUACGGCCUGAAGUCAGACAUCUACAGCCUGGGUAUUGUUGCGUGUGAGCUGGUCAGUGGCAGGGUGCCCUUCCAGGACAUGCCGCCCACCCAGAUGCUGCUUCAGAAGCUACGUGGCUCCCACUGCUGCCUCCUGGAUGUGGCUCCCUUCCCAUUGGGAGAGCUGGGUGGUCUGAAGGUGUCGCGAUCUGGAGUGGACUCCGGCAUCGGGGAGAGCGUGGCCACAGGGAGUCUGACGCACAGCACCACAGCUCCCCCUGCUGACCGACCGCAGAGCCCCGCGCCCAAAAACCACUCGGCGACCCUGCACAACCUGGUGCAGCUGUGUUUGCAGCAGCAACCUGAGCGCAGACCAUCCGCCUCUGAACUGUUGAGCCACGCCUUCUUCAAACAGGUGAAGAGGCACAACCGAGACUCCUUCCUCAGCCUCAUGUACCCAGCAGCGCCCCUCACCAGCCCUGAGGAACCUCCAGUAUCGAGCCCCCCUGGCCCCUCGUGUCACGCUCCUUUAUCAAGCGCCGACACCACUGAGGCUGCGUGGGAUUUCUCCGACUAGCUUCUUCAAACACAAAGACAAUCACUGAAAAGCGAGGCCAAACUCUACUGUGCUUUUAUUCUAUUUUUAUUAUUAUAAACCCAACUCUGAGCCUUUUUGUUUGUUUUUUAGUACUUUUUUGAAGGAUUUUAAUUGAGCCAACUGUGAAAGUGCUGGAUCGAUGAAGCUGCUCUGAAGACCGUUACCGAGCCACAGAACUAAACGUAUUUGUCUGCUGACAAAUAACCAAACACUGCUUAAAGGAAAAGUCCACUCAAUCAUUUAUUUGCUGCACAUAUCAACGCAUCUUCUGUUAAUGGCGCUUGUUUUCACACAGAUGUCCUAUUUUUAUAAAUUUCAGGCAUUUCCAAAAAAUAUUAACCCUCCCACUGUCUUUAUGGGUGUUACCCCGCGAGUAAAGUUGACCACUGAGCAGGAUUGAUGGUUCAUCCCUUGAGGUCCACGUGGCAGGGGUGAGGUGGUGCUCAGCGGAGAUCAGCCGCGGAGUCCUCUUCCGGUCGGCAUGAUAGGAAUCGAAACUAGGAAUCGAAAUAAAAAACUUUGAACGAUUCCGGGAAAAAUGAACAGCUGGAACCGGUUCCAAUCGAUGCUCGAUGCCCGGGCCUAAUUUGUGACAUCAUAAUGUACUAGCUAACGUCAUAGUGUACCUCUUAGCCAGUAGCGAUGGCAGAUUUAAAUUCAAAUGCAGUGCAGAGUUUUUACCUGACAACGGCACAACACUGACAGUUUUAGGCAGAAAUUUUAAAUUUUGACUAAAAUGCACUAAAGUGCAAAACUAUUGGCUACACGUGUCUGCAGCAUGAUUAGACACGCAUUUGUAUAGGUUAUCAGGAAAAAAAUGUUGAUCUGGUGGUGAAUUGCUCUUUAAAUAAGAACUGCUUUAUUCAGUGCCACAACCUCAACCUGAAGUUCGUAAAAUAAUUCAGCAAUAACACAUCCUGUGAAGGGCAACUUUUCACAAUUAAAGCUUUCCUAGGAUUCUCAUGUAGGUGCAUUUAUGUUUUUUAGACUGUGAAUUACAAACUCCAGGUACGUAACAAUGGGAUUUUCAACACACCUUUGUAAAAGUUGAAAGACUAUGUGUAAAAACUUGUACUUUUCCUUGUGUUAGUAGCUUUAAAACUGUAAUUUGAGAGGAAAGGAGCCACAGGCUGUAAAAUGGUAUGUUGUUACUGUAAAGUAGCAGUAAACACCACUCUCCCCUCUCUGAUCACCUGUGAUACAUGAAGUGUUUCUGCUGUGCUCUCUGACCACUUAUCCAAAAAUGCCUUUAUUUUUUAUUCAAGCCUACAUUUAGAAUUGUAACUAUUAUUAGGUGUGCUGUGUAGAACUGUGACCUUACAGUGCAUAUCAAAUAUGGUAGCUGUAUAAGCCUUAUAUAAACAUAAUGAUGCCAUAUAUCGACAUAAAUGCCUUUUUAUUUCCAAUCUUCCUUUCAGCCUCGAGUGUUAAAGAGGAAUUGUGUUUUUUGUCAGUGGUAAUUAUAUCCCUGUUAAACAGAAAACUCUCUUUGUCGUUGUCAUCUCGUGAUUUAAUCGUUUUUUGGUUUGAUUUUUUGACUUUGUGGUGAAAUAAAAUGUUUUUCAGUUACUGUAAAUAACCAGCUGCCUUUGAAAUGGAAGAAAAUCAUAAAUGUAUCCCAGAGUACCUAUAAAUAAAACAUUUAAUGAGCAGUGGUA